UUGAAAGCGAAAGUUCGGAAGAUUACGAUGAAGAAAGUGACGAAGAAGAGGAGAUGAAAGACAAAAAGCAAAUGAAGAUUGAUUUCAGAUCUAAAGAUAUUGACGUUUGUCCACCGGUUUAUGAACCAAAUAAAUCUGAAAUCAAACCUCAAAAACCGACUGUCAUUACUAUUGACAUAAACGAUAAGGAGUUUCUUCAGUUCAUGAAAACGGCGUUGCCUGCAAAAAAGAAUCUGAAGAAUGAUGCAAAUGAACAAUGUGAUGUGAAAAAAGAGGAAGAUGAAACAGAAAAGCUAGAAGACAACACCGAUCCCGAUUACAGUGACGGUGAGGUUGAAGAUGAUGAGUCUGCAGACAGUGAUUGGGAAGAGAAUAAAAGGAAAAAACCGAAAACAACAAAAAGAUCGACAAACAGGAAAAUGUCGACACCAGCAACUAAAAAUAACACCAAAAAAGCUGCCGAAAAAUCAGUCGUCUUCCAGCACAAAUGCGAGCAUUGUGAGCAGACCUUUCAGUGGCCCUCCAAGCUGAAACGGCACAUCGAGGUGAACCACAGCACCGAGCGGAAGUACCAGUGCGCCCUCUGCCCGAAGGCCUUCAAGACGUCCUGUGCGCUGGGCAAGCACCAGACGGUGCACAACGGCAUGCGCAUUCACCG